UUACUUGACAGUUCAUAAUUUGUGAGGUUAUUGUAAAAAAUUGUAAAAAAAUUGUGUUAUUUAUAAUUAAAAUUUCGCUAUAUUUUGUAUAAAUAAUAAAUCAAAAUGCAAAAUCUAGAGUCAUCUGACAACAAUAAAAUGUUCGAAAAUGAACCAGCAAAGUUAGAUUGGAUGUACGGUAACCCAAAUCAUGUACAAGAUGAAGAAUAUUUAUUGGGUCGAGCCGUGGAUACAUCGAAAAAUCAUGUAGAACACGAAUGCAUACCUCCAUCAAUACGUGAUUUACGCACUGCAAACGAUGAGGAUCAAGUUGACAUAGCAAAGAAAUUACAGGAAGAUCCCUUAAUGGAAAUACAUCGGCGUCAAAUUGAAGCAAGAAAAAAAAUGUUACAAAAUCCGAUUAAAUUAAAACAAAUGCAAGAACUGUUAAAGAAAAAAGGCAAAAAACAUUCCUCAGAUAGUGAAGAUUCAUCUAAGGAUUCCUCCGAUGACGACGAUUUAAAUAAAAAAUUAAUGGAAAAAUUUUUAAAGCUACAAAAACUGAAGAAAAAGAAGCGUAAAAAAUCAAAACGUCGACAUUCAUCGGAAAAUGAUCAUUCUGAUCGAAAAAAGAGAAAAAAAUCAAAGAAAAAACAUUCCGAAAGUUCGAAUGACGAUCGAAAAAGUCGUAAACGGUCAAAAGAUUCAGAAGACGACCGUCCUAGACGUAAACGAUCAAAAGAUUCAGAUGAUGAGCCUCCUAGACGAAAACGAUCAAAAGAUUCAGAAGAUGAUCCGCCUAAACGAAAGAAAUCAAAAAAGUCUUCCGAUAGUGAUUCUUCCAACGAUGAGAAAAAACACAAACACAAACGACGCUCUGAAUCGAAAAGUAAACGAAAACACAAGAAAAGUUAUUCACAAGAACGAGAAAUGCAAUAUGAAAAAUAUCGUAAUCGUUCAAAUUCUCGAGAGCGUGCCAAACAUUAUGGUCUAGUCAAUGCCGAAGGUGAAAAAAUUUCUGCAUCGAAAUCAACGCAUAAACACGUCGAAAAAAAACCAAUUAAACGAGUCGAAGAGAAAAAAGCAUGGGUAAAACCAUCACGAGAGAAGCUAACAGAAGAAGAAAAAGAGAAACGUCGACAAGAAAUGUUAGAAAAUGUACAAUGGAAAGAAAAAACUCGACCUAAGUUAAAAAACAACGCAGAUGACAUGGAUAAAGAUUUACAUCAAAAUUACAAAGAUGAUCCAGAAUUUUUAAAGAAAUAUUUAUUAAAGAGUACAGAUAUUGGAUCAGUAGAAUCUAGGAUUAAGUCGAAUAUUAAUAAUAUACAACGUCGCACAACAGACAUGGAUUCGAAUUUUGCACGUAGAUAGUAACAUUA